GGGCUAUCGGGCGCUUCAGCGAAGAUGGACAACCCUGCAGGUGGCACCGGUGAGAAGAAGCGCAAGGCUUCCGACGUGGACACCUUGCGUCGUGCUGCUGGUGGCAUCGACAGUGCAGUCGACCGGUUUGCUUCAAGCACUCGACAGCGCAUCAUCGCAAAGGGCGGAACAUGCACGGUGGGGACGGUGAGAGAAGACCUCCAGCUCAACGUUGGUACGAACCAGCAAAGUGAAGGUGCCCAUGUGUGUGUGUGUGUUUGUUCAUCAGUGGACCGUUGGCUUUGCCUGUUCUGUUUGUUUGCAUGAAUCAGGUGGCAGAGUGUUUCCCGUUCCCCGUCCGUCUCUGCUGAAGGAUGGAGUGAAGGACACAAUGCUUGCACACCUGCUGCUGCACUACGAGGACGGCCUGGCCAAGGACGAGGACGGCAGACCCUUCCUCGACGCUGAUCCCAUUUGGUUUGAAUGGUCGGCGACAUAGUACACACGCUCAGACAACACCCCGCAGAAGCGCCGUCAUCCCCAUCGUUCCGAUGCAUCCCUCCCUCCCUCAGGUUGAUGGAUGAGAUAGCGGGUCAUGAAGGCGGCGAGAUCGAGCUUCACAGCGGCCACGAGAGCGACGCAUCUUACACCUUCUACCAACCCAUUCUCCUCGCCAAAACAAAGCUGCAAAUGGACAUCGCACCCCAGCAGCAGCAGCAGCAGCAGCGCGAUGACGGCAUGAUGGACAUAGAUGGAGCACAGCCGGGGGCGGAAGAGGGGAGCGACGGGGGAGAGAGCGGCGCGGCCCUGAAGGCCAUACAGCAGCAUCUGUCCCGCGCUCAGGCCGCCGUCAGAGCGCUGGAGGAGACGGCAAUGGAGACGGAGAAGUUCUACGAGGCGAUGGGGCCUUUCAUGCGGUCUGACGAUGGCGACGGUGGUGGGGAGGGCGACAAGGUGCUGUCGGUGACCAUUCUGGGCAAAAGGGUGUCGACACUCGAGAAGACGCUGACAUACUUCGGCCCCCACAACGCCCUCUACAGGCGCUUUACGACGUGAGGAAGGGAAAUGAGGGCGGGAAGAGAAGCCAGGCAGGGGCCAGCAGUUGGUGUGUGGUGCGUGCUGUGUGUUGUGCAGGUGGCCCGGGCCAAUUUUCCCACACGAAAUCGGAUCACUUCAUGAAGAUAGGUACAUACCGACACACUCGCCGUGUCAAUAAAUGCGUGUUGCGGCACCUGUCUGUCUGUUUUCCCCUUCCAUGUGUCAGUCGAUUUUGCGCGUCGUACCCGUUUCACCCCAGCCAACGGCGUCGUCGACCCGCCAAAGGCGCACAACCAGGUAGCUAGGCGGCCUCAGCUGACUGACGCAGAAAUGAAUGUCCAGAAGGAGUGUUGUCACUCUUAUGUGGCUGUGCUGUGUGCGCCGCCAGGCACAGCUUGCUCGCGAUGGCGAGAUGUAUGGCCUGAAGAUCGAGAAGGUGUACAAGCCCAUAUUGACUGACGAGGACAUGCAGGCGGUGAUCGACAUGACCAACAAAAGACAGCCGACCAAACGUCUGCUCUACAAGUGAGCCGACAGACACGAUGGGCAUCGACUUAGCAGGGCUGUGCUGACUCACGUUCAUCAAUAUAUCGUCUCUUCGUCGCAGGUCCAGCCGUGACACGUGGAGCUUCGGCAGCUUGCUGGACAGUGUGGGCGAUGCCAGCGGCUUGCUUUUCGUCAUGCAGUACAGCGCGACCAACAAGUCCGGCUUCUUUCUCGACGGGCAGCUCAACCUCCCGCCCAAGCCAACCGGAGAGUGAGUGACGCAGACAUUGACGGAUGGAUGAGUGGAUGGAUGCACGGAUGGACUCAUUGAUGUAGGAUGAAGACCUACUGCCCCAUUUUCUUCUACUCGGCCAGUGGCCCAUACCAAACUGCGACCAAGGUUCCGAUCCCUGAGGACGCACAGGCGGUGCUGGUGGGUGGUCGGCUAGGGGCAGUGAUGGACAACCUCAAGAGGCGCGUCGCCAAUCUGUUCAUCGGGGGCGACAGCACCGACUCAGCAGGCCUGUGGCUUGGCUUUCAGCUCCCCACCGACCCUCGACUCUCCGACGGCCCAGCUCCCGACCUGAGUCACUACUGCACCUGGGUCAAAGAAGGACAUCUUCCGGAGGGUUACACGGGCAGUAUCGACGAGGAUGGCGACGGCACGCUUGCAGGGGCCGAGAUACCGCCACCUCUCGAAGGACUGGAGGUCUGGCAGGUAUGUCAAGGGCGGGUCUAUCGCUGGGUGGGUGCGGUGCGGUGCAUUGUGUCGGUGGAGUGCUGAUCGAGUGUGCUGUGCGUCCUCAGGUGUCGGGCGAGUAUGUGUUUGAGCCGAUCCUCAGCGACGAGCAGAUGCAGGCCGUCAUUGCCAUGACAAACCAACCCAGCCACACCAGAGAGCUGCUCUACAAGUGAGCCGAGACAAUGCCAGGACGGUUUAUGUAGCAAGUUCAUGUGGGCUCUCUCUCUCACACACACAGGGCGACGAGAGAUGGCUGGAGAUACGGCAGGUUGAUCGACUCUGUCGGCGACGCCAGCGGCCUACUGGUCGUCGUGCAGCACAACGACACACACCGAUUCGGGGCCUUCAUCGACGGCCAACUCAAGCAGCCCAGCGACCCCACAAAGGAAGCGCAGUCCGAAUGCCGCCUCUUCUUCUACUCGGUCAGCGGGGCCUGCGGCAAUCCCACCCCCACCAAGGUCCCCAUCCCUGAGGAGAACCGCUCUGCGGUGUCGGUGGCCGGUCGGGAGGGGGUGGCCCAGGGGAGGACGUAUCUGUCCAUUGACGCCUGGGACUCGGCGUACCUUGAGCUGGGGUCGAAUGACCACGAUGUGACGGGCCCUAGUGGCGAUCUUCACCGCUGCAGAAUGUGGAUCAGCAAGGCCAGCUUGCCUGCGGGAUACGUGGGACAGGUGGAUGCUGACGGUGAUGGGACGUUAGCAGGGGCGCAGAUGUUCACUGCAUCUGACAUUGAGGUGUGGCGAGUGGGCUAGACUGCUCGUCGUUCGUUAAUGGUGAGUGAGGUGUUUUGCUUGCUUGUCAGACGAUUCGU